AAGUACUCUCAGUGGCAAACUGAUCUUCCAAUAAACAAGUGUAGAUUUUGUUUUCGCUUCGCUGUGUUUCUGUAUACCCGCUUAUUGUUUAUCUGCUCGUUCGCGCGCAGCUGUGUGUCAUAAAUACUUACAUAUAUCAUCACAUUAAUUCGAAGAUCUUAGUUUUAUUAUAAAUUCGGAAGCAAUGCUCCGCCGGCAUCAUUGUGUAUUUUUCAUUUAUUUAAUGAUUAUUAACGCAUCAGCAUUAGAACGUUAUGAACCGAAUUGGGAUAGUCUCGAUAAGCGUCCAUUGCCCAGCUGGUAUGAUAAGGCAAAAAUUGGCAUUUUCAUUCAUUGGGGUGUAUAUUCAGUGCCCAGCUUUGGUUCCGAAUGGUUUUGGACCGACUGGAUAAAUUUACGAUAUCCCAAUUAUUUAAGCUUUAUGAAAAACAAUUACAAGCCAAACUUCUCUUAUCAAGAAUUUGCUCACGAAUUCACAGCUGAAUUAUUCAACGCUACAAAAUGGGCUCUUCUUUUUCGCGACAGUGGAGCGAAAUAUGUGGUUUUAACCAGUAAGCAUCAUGACGGUUACACGCUGUGGCCGUCUUCAGCUUCCUUCAGUUGGAAUUCUAUGGAUAUCGGUCCAAAACGAGAUAUUAUUCGUGAACUUUCUUCCGCGAUUCGCAAAGAGACAACACUCAAGUUUGGUUUAUACUAUUCACUUUUCGAAUGGUUCAAUCGGCUAUAUAUCAAUGAUAAAUUGCAUAUAUUUUUGGAACAAAAUUAUGUAAAUAGAAAAUUGCGCCCAGAGCAAAUUGAAUUGGUAAAUGAGUACCUACCAGAAAUCCUAUGGUCAGACGGGGAUUGGGAAGCACCGUCGAAAUAUUGGAAGUCGGAAGAAUUUAUUGCUUGGUUGUACAAUGAUAGCCCGGUGCGCAACACCAUUGUUACGAAUGAUCGUUGGGGGUUUGGCACUGCGUGUCGCCAUGGCGAUUUUUACAAUUGUCAAGAUCGUUAUAAUCCCGGAAUUCUGCAGCUACACAAAUGGGAAAACGCAUUUACCUUGGAUAAAAGCAGCUGGGGUCAACGUUUUGAUGUUACGCUAAGCGAUUUUAUGACCUCGGAACAACUUAUCUCUGAAAUCGUUAAAACCGUAAGCUGUAAUGGCAAUGUCCUCAUCAAUGUGGGCCCAACCAAAUACGGCACAAUAUUGCCAAUAUUUGAAGAACGGCUUCGUGAUAUGGGUAAAUGGUUGACCAUCAACGGUGAAGCUAUUUACGGUAGUAAGCCAUGGAUUUAUCAAAACGACAGCACUACACCCAAUGUAUGGUACACACAGAAAAUGGACCCAAGUAAUUCAACAUCAGUCAUUUAUGCUAUUGUUUUGGAGUAUCCUUAUGAUACAAAUGAAAUAGAUUUGUAUCCGAUUGGCGAUGUCAAUGGGGUUACAAAGUCGAAUGUGCUUUUAUUUGGCUAUGAGAAUUUUAUGACUGAGACUGCUAGAGGUGAUAUGAAUGUUUACCUUUUGGGAAUGGAGAGUACACAAAUCAAUUGGACCCUACUUGGAAAAAGACUGCACAUUGUAUUCCCGCCAAAGAAUCACAUUGAUAAGAAUGGCCUUAAGUUCGCAUGGAUCUUUAAAAUUAUAAAUAACAAGUAAUUUAAAAAGAAAUUUUUUGAGACAAGCUUUUAUAAGUGGCUAAUAAAAAAAGAAAAAUCGACCCC